AUGUCUUUUCAUCAUCCCCAUACUCCUCAAACUCCAUCACAGCCAUCACCGGGGAUCUCCGAUCCGCUCACGAGCGCCACAACCUCGAUGACUUCAAUCACGAGCGCCCUUCCCACACCCGCCCACAGCGUCACUGGAGCCAGUUCUCAGCCGUCCGACAUGGCCCACGAUAUUUCCAUGAUUGACGCGGGCGACGAUACGACUCCUAAUAAGCGAAAGAGGUUAGCGGAGGAUCUCGGCGAUCAAGCCACCAAAAAAGUGCACCUCGGCACACCGCCCUUGGGCAUCGAAGAUAUCCACCUUGACGUCGGCGAAAAAUAUCUUCUUUGCAAUCGGCCCAUCAAAGUACCCCAAUACUCAACUGCAGAGGACCUCUUUGAAAUGUUUGACCUUACCGGCCUCGCCACGAAGAUGGCUCGAGAGAAGCCUACCGGUGAGAAGAAUGCUCUGCGAAAGAGUUUCAAGAGCCAAAUCAAGGAGCUUGCCAUCGACGGCGCUUACGAUACCAAGAAGGACGAGAGACAAGAGGACGAUCCCGAUGGCUUCUUCGCCAUGCUGAAUCUUCCAGAAGAUGUGUGGUACACUCAUCACGUCAAGGGCAAGGAGAUCCAGGACGGCUUCUCAGAGACCACCCUCGCUAGUCUUCCCAAGGCGCUUUCGAUGAAUAAAGGCAAGGUGCGAAAAGAGCAUUGGGAUCCUUAUAUCCUUGGCUCCCUCGAGUCUCCGGCGCAACUGCUGGAUAACUCGUCAAACAUCACAAGCUCUGCAAAGGCUUCAGAGCUGAACACACCGGCAGGAUCAACGCCUGCCGCAUCAGCCCGGCUCAAGGUGGCCAGCCAAACACAAGCAGUCGGUCAGGACCCAUCUCGGCCACGACGGAGCAUCAAGAAGCGCAGCUACGGCGACUCCAGCUUUGAAGGUUACGGUGAAGGCUAUCCGGACGACGAGGGUGAUUACUCCACUGCAGAUGGCGAGGACAGGAACGGCACGAAGCGGCGCAAAAAGAGCCUGGAAGGCACCCAAUCCUCUCAGGACUCCGAAGACACCCAGGGCCCCGCCGAAAGCAUCCGCUCCCACGGGGGACACUCCCGCGAAGCGAGGGCGCGGCCGGCCUAA